UCUCUCUCUCUCUCUCCUCCAGUCUCCCUCCCUCUCUCUGCGGCUCUAUCUGCUGGCUCGCUGCAGUGAAUCUCUCCCCCGCUGCUGUCACAAACCGUAAAGUCAGACAGCCGGUGGUCGGUAUCUCACCGUUAAAAGUCAUAAACCCCGUCGUUUGAAGCGUCGUCUUUAAUCUAAACCGCGUCGAUCCGUUAACGGACCUUUUAAAUCCACACCAGCAGCCAGGCUCAGACCUCCCUUCCUUUGCGGCAAAAUGGGAAAUGAAGCCAGUUAUGCCCUGGACAUGUGCUCGCACUUUGAUGCUGAUGAGAUUAAGAGGCUAGGAAAGAGAUUUAAGAAACUCGACCUAGAUAACUCCGGGUCCCUGAGUGUGGAGGAGUUUAUGUCCUUACCAGAGCUCCAACAGAAUCCCCUUGUGCAGCGAGUUAUCGACAUAUUCGACACCGACGGAAACGGGGAAGUCGACUUUAAAGAGUUCAUCGAAGGAGUCUCCCAGUUCAGCGUCAAGGGUGACAAGGAGCAGAAGUUGCGUUUUGCCUUCAGGAUCUAUGACAUGGACAAAGACGGCUACAUAUCCAACGGGGAGCUCUUCCAGGUCCUCAAGAUGAUGGUGGGAAACAACCUGAAGGACACCCAACUUCAACAGAUCGUCGACAAAACCAUCAUCAACGCAGACAAAGACGGUGAUGGCAGGAUAUCUUUCGAGGAGUUCUGUGCGGUGGUUGGUGGAUUAGACAUUCACAAAAAGAUGGUGGUGGACGUCUGACAACUUUGUUUUUUUUCUUCCUCCAUUUACUGAAGAUCUGCUUGAAGACGUCGUCCAACAAAAUGCUCAACGAAAGUAUUUUCUCUGUGAAAAAUCCCCUCCUCACCCCCCCUCCCUCCCUCCUUCCCCGUCCUCCCCCCGAGCCUUCUGAAGCCAAACUUUCACCAAGUAUUAUCGAACAGGAACUCUCUGUGACUCGUCGCACUUUAAAAGCUGACGGACGGCUUUUUAACGCAGAGCGACGGUUUCAGUUUGGUGGAGGAAAGCUGGAGUGUGUGUGUGUCUUUGAGUGUGUAUGUGUUCUGUAUGUUUUACUGGUUUUUCAAGGUAUGUGGGUUUUUUAUAUUUAUUUUGGUGUCAUUGUUUUUUUUUUUCUUUUUUUGGAGAAUCAAAGGAAGUCUAUCUUAAAGAAAGUAAACUUUAGUGGGUGAGUGUAUUUAGCGGUGAUGUUACUUGAUUUCAGAACAACACAAACACAGCAUGAAGUGCCAACAAGAAUUUAUUGACAUGCAGUUGAAUUACAGGUAAAAAUCUGUGUCUUUAUUUUAGAGAUGUAAUUGUAUUAUUGAAUGCAUUUAUCUUACUGGAGUAUUGCAUUAUUUACACUUAAAGAACAGCGUCAUUUUACAGUCAUGUUUGGCUACAUUUUGUCAGAAAUGAACAGAGAGAGAUUGGGCACUACAUGAUUUUAAACGACAGACUUUGGCUUACACGAGCGUCCAUAUUUGUUUGCUGUUUUUUCAGGCACUUUUGUGUUGUUAAGCACCAAGUUGUAGUAACGACUUAGAUGUUGACGUGAACAUUAUGUACAAUUCGGAAACCGGUAAUUACGAUAACUCCUGACACGACGUGAACGCAGCAUACUGUCAGGGACCAGUCUGCAUUUUUGAACAGCGCCUACUGUCGAUGUUGGAAAGUAAUCGAUGACAAUUACUUCAAAAUACAUAUUUGUAGAUUGACUGCAGAAAUCUUAACACAUAAAACUCUCAGUUUUGUAAAAUAAGAACGAAGUUGUUGCCGUUUGAAUUAAGCCAAUAAAAAUACGUCAACGGUUUUAUAUUUUCUGCAAAUUUAAAGAAAAUUAGUAAACAGGCAGAAAUUCUGAUAUUUUUAAUUUAAAUAUUUACGUUUGCUUUAUGAAAAUUACAAACCAUAAAGCCACUGAUCAUUGAACAACAUGCGGGACUCCUACAGGUUGGAAAGACUCAUUUUAGUUUCUAAUAAGUCUGUACAAAAAGUCCAUAUUCUUGUGUUUUUACACCUGUAAGAUUUAGUAAAAAAAACAAGCUUCAUCGGUAGAGGUUCGGCAGAAUUAGCAGAGACAAGACUGUAAAUGAUUUUGAAAAACCAAACACAGUGAUGUUCUGUAGUAGUGAACUGAAACUGUGUAUGCUUUGGACAUUCACAUCUUUAUACUCCAACUUUCUUUGGAAAGAAGCAAAGCUGAGGAGGAUAAAAACUAAAUGGCCGUUAAACCGCUAACAGCAGCUGUACACAGUAUUUAGUACACUGCCGACAUAUUUACCGACGCUCUGCAAAAGACUUUUCUACCUGAAACGAAAGACUUGUGAUGUGUUUGCAUGACGUGUGAUCUGAUCUCCUCUUCUUCUUCUGCCCGUUGCUCUUUGCAUGUAGAUCAGAUUUUAUUAAAAGCUCUUUAAAGCUUUAUUAAAGGUCUUUUUUCAAAGCUGGUCUCAACAUUUAAUGAAAUGAGUGAAAUGUCUUGCGAAUGCAAAUAAUCUAUUCUGUGCAUGCUAGUAUAUGUAUUACUGGUUUGACCACUUGCAUAUUUGAAUUUUUAUACAAUUAUACAAUAACAUCUACAGUUUUUGGUGCAUGUUCAAUAGUUAGAAAUCAUGAAAAAUAGCUACUUCAAUAGAACUUUAACCCUUAAAAGACUUUAUUUAGCUGUAAUAGUUUCAUAAUUUAAACGUGUGGAAAUGGUGUCAGGGUUGUGUUAUUAUCAGAUAAUGUAUUUCAUGGUGAGGAUAAGUAAUCUUAACAUCAUUUGUAUUGUAUUUCAUUGAUUUAGCAUUUCAGAGUUUUGGCUCAUUUCAUGAAAUUCAGUGAGACCGUGUUGUGUUUACAUAUAAAUAAUGGUGAUAAAUAAAACAUGAACAUUUCAAGCACGUUGAUGUUGCCAAUAAAGGUUUAAACAUGGAAAAAAAAGAACUGAAAUCUUAAAUGUUUUUUAGUCGCCUGCCACCCGUUUUUGUUUUCUUCUUCACGUUCUUUAAUUUUUUUUUGUUAUAAACAGUUUGUAUCCUGCUUGUUUAAUUUGAGGUCGGUGCUGUUGGUUUAAAGGGAUGUUUGUGAUAGAGGCCACUUGGAUUCAGUCUUAGAUUUUCACUCCUGUUUUCAUCUUUGCUGCAUCACUGAAACUUCAUAAAUGAGAAAUAAAUUGUUUGAAAGUUGUUACAGAC